CAGUCGAGAAUGUAGAGGCCUCGUUUUGUGUCUGUGAAAUGGAGUAUUGUCUUCGAUUAAUUCGCAUUGAUAUUACUUGGAAUACCAUCUUUCUAUCUGCGCAUCGUUGCUCAGGCUUCAUCUGAUGUCAUAAUGUUCUCACCGAAUAGAAGAAAAUCUUUUGUGAUCUGUAUUGUGUUUGUUCUUUUGGAGUGUUGUUUUAAUGCCGUAUCCGGACAGCUGUCCUAUUCGGUACAAGAAGAGGUGAAUCCGGGAACAUCAGUGGGAAAUAUCGCUAAGGAAUUAAACCUUAAUGUUCAGGAACUGGAGUCGCGCAUGUUUCAGAUUGUUACGGGAUCCAAGAAAAAUUUUUUUGAGGUAAAUCUAAAAACUGGAUUUUUGUAUGUACAUGAUAGAAUAGACAGAGAGGAGCUUUGUGCCAAAUCACCUAAAUGUACGAUUAAUGUAGAAGCCGUUAUCAGCAAUCCAACGAAGCUUUAUCAAAUAGAAAUUAGUAUUUUGGACGUUAAUGAUAAUUCGCCGUCUUUCAGUGAGAAAUCACAGACGCUAGAUAUUGCGGAAAGCACCUUGCCAGGGGUUAGAUUUCCCUUGCAACAGGCCACAGACGCAGAUGUUGGAAAAAAUUCUAUAAGUACAUAUAAGCUUAACUCAAAUGAAUAUUUUUCUUUAGCUGUGAACAAAGGAGGAGAGCAGAGUGUAUCUGCUGAGUUGGUGCUGCAGAAAGCUUUAGAUCGAGAGAAACAGUCUGUGAUCCAGCUCACACUGACCGCUGUAGACGGAGGAACACCAUCGAAAACUGGAACAUCUCUUAUAUUAAUAAAAGUUUUGGAUAAUAAUGAUAAUGUUCCCAUUUUCAGUAAAUCGUUGUAUAAAACAACUAUUUUUGAAAAUGUGGCUAUUGGAACGACGAUUGCUGUGUUAAAUGCGACAGACAUUGAUGAAGGACCAAAUAGCGAAAUUGUUUAUUCUUUAUACAAAAGAGAUCAAAGUAAAAUUUUGCAGCUUUUUGAAAUUGAUCCUAAUUCAGGGGCAAUCACAGUGAAAGAUAACAUAGAUUUCGAGGAGCACAAUGCUUUUGAGAUCCGCGCACAGGCCAGUGACAAAGGGCAGCCUCCGAUGUCUGCGCACUGCAAAGUGCUGGUAGAAGUGUUGGAUAUUAACGACAAUAGGCCAGAGAUAUCUGUGACGUCACUUCUCUCUACAGUAAAAGAGGAUGCGAGUAUUGGAACCGCUGUCGCUCUCGUGUCGGUGAUUGACGGCGAUGGUGGCAAAAACGGCAUGGUAAAUUGCGUUGUGUCCAACAAAGUGCCAUUUAAACUUGAGACAAAUUACAAAAACUAUUAUACUUUAGUUGUAAACGGUCCUCUGGACAGAGAGAGCGCGCAUGAGUAUAAUGUUACCAUCACAGCUACUGAUGAAGGGACUCCGCCUCUCUCUAGUAGCAGUGCCAUUACUCUGCACGUGUCUGAUGUGAAUGACAACGCGCCGCGCUUUCCAGAGCCCAUCUUUAAUGUUUAUGUGAAAGAAAACAGUCAGAUCGGAGCUGUUAUUCAUACAGUGUCUGCGUUUGAUCCUGAUGUAGGUGAUAAUGCCCGGAUCACAUAUUCAUUAGUAGAAAGCUCUAAAAGCAGCCCGGUAACAUCAAUGAUCAACAUAAACUCUGACAGUGGAGAUAUACACAGUUUGCAAUCUUUCAACUAUGAGGAGAUAAAAACGUUUCAGUUUAAAGUUAAGGCCACAGACUCUGGUGUUCCUCCGCUCAGCAGUAACGUGACUGUCAAUGUUUUUAUUCUGGAUGAGAACGACAAUAGUCCCGGGAUUCUCGCGCCCUAUACCGAGCACGGUUCCGUUAACACCGAGAACAUUCCCUAUUCUGCAGAGGCGGGCUACUUUGUGGCCAAGAUCAGGGCUGUAGAUGCGGACUCCGGUUACAAUGCGCUGUUGUCUUAUCACGUCUCUGAACCCAAAGGAAACAAUCUGUUUCGAAUCGGAACCAGCAGCGGAGAGAUCAGGACUAAGAGGAGAAUGAGUGACAAUGAUUUAAAAACUCACCCGCUGGUGAUUUUGGUUUGUGAUAACGGAGAGCCCUCAAUGUCUGCGACUGUGUCUAUUGAUGUCGUAGUUGUUGAAAACACAGGUGACGUCAAGACUCAGUUCAGACAUGUACCACUGAAGGAGGAGAGUUUCUCGAAUUUAAAUCUUUAUUUGCUGAUAGGCAUUGUGUCUGUGUCAGUCAUCUUUUUAUUGAGCCUUAUCGGUUUGAUAGCUGUAAAAUGUCACAGAACAGACAGCAGUUUGGGCAGGUACAGCACCCCAAUGAUCACCACACACCCUGACGGAAGCUGGUCUUACUCCAAAUCCACUCAACAGUAUGACGUGUGCUUUAACUCGGAUACACUUAAGAGUGACGUGGUGGUUUUCCCUGCGUCAUUUCCGCCUGCAGAUGCAGAAUUGAUCAGUAUUAAUGGAGGAGACACUUUUACCAGAACACAAACACUUCCAAAUAAAGAGAAGGUAAGAAAUGUUAGACUCUUUAAUUGUUUAAUUAUUUUCGGCCGUGUAUUUAUUAUUUAG